AUGAUGUGAUAAACGUUCUCUUUCUAUGAUAUACGUUCUCUGUAAAUGUACGAACAAAUUAAUAAUAAGCAAUCAGCUGAUUUGACGACACCACUUGUAUAUAUAAACAUUGAUUAAAAUAUUUAUUUAUUUAUAAUGCUAGUUAGAAAUUUUUCAAGAUGUUUUAUGUUUCGAAUCAUACGACGUCCAUUUAUCAUAUUUGCAACGGAACGAACAAGGAUACCAAAUCAAAACGACAAUAUCUGUGUUGACAAAUUCUUACGGUCAGAAAUCUUACUUUCAGAAGAAAAUAAACAGCGCGCAAUGCAAUGUAUGAAGAAAACACCCCAAAUUUUAUUGAAGAUGGGACAAACUACAAAAGAGAGGUCAUUCGCCGCUGUCCUCAUAUGUCUCUGCAAAGAUGAAAGGGGUGAAAUCUCUAUACUCUACACUCGGCGCUCUAGUCGACUGUCUCGGCAUGUUCGACAAAUAUCCUUUCCCGGGGGACUUAAGGAUUCUGAAGACAGUGAUUUUAUAGACUGUGCCUUGCGUGAAGCGGAGGAGGAAGUUGGUUUGGCUCGAAAUCGAUUAAAUAUUUGGGGAUCAGGCACUCUCAUAACCCCUCCACAUACUGCUGCAAUAAUGCCUGUUGUGGCUGCGGUUAAGGACUUUAAUCUAAAAGAAUUAAAACUCAAUGCGGAUGAAGUUGAAGAGGCAUUUCUAAUAUCCGUCAGGGAGCUGGUGCAUCCCAAAACGUUAAAGCAUACACAAUUUAAGGGAGGGUGGAGUACUCCUAAUUUCGUUGUUGGACAUAAUAAAGUGUGGGGCAUUACAGGCUUCUUAACAAAUAUGUUUCUAAGAUGCCUUAUUCCCUUUGAGUUAAAGAGACUUAAACAUCAUGCGAAAUAUGUUCGUCCAUUUAAACACCACCAUUAAUUUUCAUUUCUUGUAUAUAUAUACAUUUAUACGUACAGUUUUAUAAUCAAAAACAUAUUUC